CAUUGGUAACGUCAGGUGUGGGUUUGUGCAGUCGCAACCGUACGUAGCAGUUAUGACCGGCUGACCCCGUGGUCGGACGAGACCGAAGUCGGUUAUUUUCUCUCCCCGUAGGCAUUUUAAAACGUAAGAAGUGGCGAAGUUGAAGAGGUGCACGUGUGGUUUGGGCGACAACGCGUGCUCUGUACCAGCACGUGACGUCGCUAUGUCGACAACGUGGACGGCGGACACGAUAUGUUCCAAGUGUAGGCACACCAUCCAAUUAUUGGCGGGACAGCUCUUUUCUCAUUUCGGCUUGUGUUGUCUGGUGUUAUGCUACUGCAUUUUGGGCGCGUUAGUGUUUGCUGCUCUGGAGAGUACCCACGAGAAAGAUCAGAGGGGGAAGGUGCGACAGUUUCGCGACUCGUGCCUACGUGACCUGUGGGAUAUCACCGACAGCUCGGACGUUCUGUACGAGAGAAACUGGACCAGAAUGGUGGUGGACAGAUUGAAACAAUUCGAAAAAGAUCUGGUCAGAGCGGUCAAGAAAUCGGGCUUCGACGGUAAGGAAACAGAGGAUCCCAAUUACUUAUGGACGUUUUCCAGUUCGCUGUUAUAUUCGGUUACCGUCAUAUCUACAAUAGGCUGCGGCAACAUGUCUCCCAAAACGCAAAUAGGAAAAGUGCUCACCAUCGUCUACGCCAUAAUGGGCAUUCCCUUAAUGCUGAUGUGUCUUACAAACAUCGGUGACAUGCUGGCACGAUCUUUUCGAAACAGAUACAGGCACUUAAUUGGGAGGGAUAGAAUGUCCAGAGAAAGUCAAGCUACUUCGGAAAACGAAACCGCUACCAGAGACAACAAAUCCACUCUUGCAACCAUCGACGUUAUCGCAGACACUCCCAUUCAUCCGGCUCAAUUGGAAAAUUGCAAUUGUUCCAUUAAGCGCUCUAUCAGCGAGGCUAAAGAUGGAGAAAUGGGUAACAGCGUCCUGGCCGCUUACUCCUCUCCAUCUCCCCAACAAGAGAAAGAAGAACGAAUGGAUUGUCAAGUACCUAUAUACGUAGUCGUGGCCAUUUUAUUGAGUUACAUCGCUUUGGGUGCUACCGUUUUUUCCCUCUUGGAAAACUGGAAUUUCCUCAACGGUGUCUAUUUUUGUUUCGUCACACUAAGUACCAUCGGUUUCGGCGAUCUCGUACCGGGUACCGCUUCUAUGACCAGUAACAGUCAGAUAAAACUUCUUUUUUGUUGCUUCUACUUAAUAGUGGGGCUCGGUAUCAUAGCCAUGUCGUUUAACUUAGUUCAAGAAGAGGUCAUUGCAAAAUGCAAAAAAUUCGGUCGUCGUAUCGGUUUACUAUCCGAACCCGAAGAAUAAUCGUAUUUGACGAUUCUUUAAUUAUAUAAAUAUACAAAAAAUAUUUCUAUAAAAGUCCAAUUUUAUUAAAUUAAACAUCAAAAAUGUUAGACGAGAGGAGGGGAGGAAAAAAGAGACGAUGGACCGAUUGAAGUUGGUUAAAUUUUUAUUCAAACUACGUUUGAUAGGAAUAAGUUUCAGCACAGAUCGCUUAGAAAUUGCAAGAGAAGAAAAGAAAAAAUAAUCUGUACAUAAAUUUACACAUUAAUUAGACGAUUGGUAUUUUUUUUUUUUUUGGAUGUUAGUUUCUUUUCGAAUGGAAACCAGGAAAAAAAAAGGAAGCCUUCAUUAAUAUUUAUGAAAACAUUCGGAUUCUUUUCAAAUUCUAUCUUGUAUGACAUCUUAAAAUAUUUAGACGAUUGUUUUUUACUUUCGCAACGUCUCUAACACAAUAACAGAUUUGCUUGAAUUACAUCACCAUAGCUAUAUAAAUAUACAUAAUAUAUAUAUAUAUACACACACACACACAUAUAUAUAUAUAUAUAUAACUGUUAGGUGAAUAAAGAAAAAUGAUAUUUAAAUAUGACC